AUGAUGUCUUCAAAGCGGAAGGCGUUGUCCGCCGCCCAAGGCGCGACCAAGGCAGCCAGGGCAUCUAAUGCUUCAACUCCAGGUCCAUCAACGCCACGCGACAAUGGCGAUAACCUCGAGCAAAGCGAACAGCCCAGCGAGAUUAGAACAAUGAUCGCGCGAAACGUUCAAAAGUUUGACAUCAGCGCUUUCCCAUGCACACUCUCGCCUGGCGUCAGGGACAUCGCCUCGGUCUUCUUCCAGUCUGAGCAUGGACGAGACUUCACCGCCCUUCGGCUAAAGCCCAACCAUAAGAAUCUGCCAUUGAAAAUUGAUGGUUCGGGGACUCUGAUUCUCGAGACAUUCCACCCGCUGGCGCCUCGUGUACAGGACUUCUUGAUUACGAUAGCCGAGCCGACCUCGCGCCCGACGUCCAUCCACGAGUACCGGCUUACAACCCACAGUCUGUAUGCAGCCGCCUCUGUCGGCUUGAGUCCGGACGAUAUCAUUAAUACACUUGAGCGGUUCUUGAAGACCGAGAUGCCACCAAAUGUGAUUCAAUACAUUGCCUACCGUGGCAAGAGCUAUGGCAAGGUGAAGUUAGUGCUGAGGAAUAACAAGUAUUUCGUGGAGACCACAGAUCCAGCGAUCCUGCAGGCACUGCUCAAGGAUCCUGUGAUAGGUUCAUGCCGAGUACAAGGGUCGGAGCAAGUUACGACGAGCGCCCCAAAAAUGGCUGGACUUGUCAUUGCUGGGACGAUGGAGGCUGCUGGCGUGAAGGAGGCCGAGGGACUAGGCGAAGGUAACUUGAACCAGGUCCAGGAACUUCUGAAACAGAACCCCAUGGCAGAGGACGAUGACGAUGACGAUGAGGAUACCAUUCACGCAUUUCAGAUUGACGAUGAAAAAGUCAGUGCAGUUGCUCAGCGGUGUCUGGCACUACACUUCCCUGCACUCGAGGAGUAUGAUUUUAGGAAUGACCAUGCAAAUCCGGACCUUAAAAUAAAUCUACGGCCAGAAGCCCAGGUCCGGCCAUAUCAGGAAAAGAGUCUAAGCAAGAUGUUCGGCAACGGCCGUGCAAAGAGCGGCAUUAUUGUUCUGCUCUGUGGUGCUGGCAAAACUCUAGUUGGCAUUACGGCCGCCUGCACGAUCAGAAAGGGGGUUGUCGUCCUGGCUACGAGCAACAUGUCGGCGAUCCAAUGGAGAAACGAAUUCAUAAAAUGGUCAAACAUUAACCCUGACAAUAUUGCCAUUUUCUCCUUAGACAACAAAUCCGUGUCUACUGGGAACACUAGAAUUAUUAUUACUACCUACUCGAUGAGCCGGGAAUGGGGCCUCAUGCUUCUAGAUGAAGUCCACGUUGUGCCCGCGCAGAUUUUCCGGAGAGUCAUUGGCUCCAUUAAAUCCCAUUCCAAGCUUGGCCUAACAGCAACGCUCCUUCGAGAGGAUGGUAAAAUUGAGGACCUGAACUUUCUGAUUGGGCCGAAGCUUCGUGGCGAUAAGAUAAUUGUGUUCUCGGACAACGUAUACGCUCUCGAGGUUUAUGCAAAGAAGUUGAUGAAGCCUUUCCUUUAUGGCGGCACAAGUAACUCCGAGCGGCAGGAUAUCCUGAACUUCUUUAGACGUUCGCCAAAAUGUAGUACCCUCUUCCUGUCUAAAAUCGGCGAUACUUCGCUCGAUCUUCCUGAAGCGACUUGCCUUAUUCAAAUUUCCGCACAAUAUGGCUCCCGUCGCCAGGAGGCCCAACGACUAGGACGCGUUCUACGAGCUAAGAGGCGAAACGAGGAAGGCUUUAACGCCUUCUUCUACUCUCUGGUAUCGAAGGAUACGAUGGAGAUGAGCUACUCCUCUAAGCGGCAAGCUUUCCUUGUGGACCAGGGCUAUGCAUUUAAGGUGAUCACACAUUUGAAGAACAUCGAAAGCAUGCCGGACCUGGCCUUCUCCACCCCGGAGGACCAGAACGAGCUCCUUGAAAAGAUCGUCGUCGACGUUGAGAGCAAGCCGUGGAAAGAGGAGCAGGAGAUGGCUGGCCUCUUCGCAGAGGGGAACAUGUUUUAUAAACCUGAUGGUAAGCCGCAGCGCAAGACAGCGAAUAGGAGGACGGGGGGCACGUUGAAGGGCCUUGGUGGUGGGCAGGAUAUGGCCUAUGCGGAGCAGAACAAGAAGGCAGGGAAGAAGAAGAAGGGCCCGCAAAGCGCGUUCUUCAAGUCAAUCAAGAGGGAGAACGAGAGGCGCAGGAUCUGCGAUCAAGCGAAAUCUAAAGAGAAAGGCAUACGCUCUCAAUCAGAAUCCGAUUCGGACGAUUCGAUCGACCAUAACGGCAACCGCGGGCAGAAGCUAAAGAAACGAGCUCGAUUUACCCGACAAGGACAACUGGCGCCACCAACGGGACCCGAAGAGAUCGAGUACGCCGGCACGAGGCGGAGCAUCAUUAGCCGAAACCCAGCACUCAUCGAUGACGACGGCUUCGAAGUUGAUAGCGAGGAUGACGAUGAGCGCCUUCAAGACGCGCUUGCAAAUGCCGCCGAUAUGAACCCAUACGCGAAUGUUCACCUUGAACAAAUCCUCGCGCCCCUGACCGCUGUCACCGACCUCGCUGACCACCCCGCCCUCGCGACUGCCUUCAAAUCGAAGAACCUCACACAACUAGCUAACCAAGCUAGCGAGUUGAUGCGCAAGGAGCAACGUGCGCUGUGGAAGGUCAAGAGGCUCAUGACCGGGUUUUGCGGGGACUAUACGUGGAUUCCUUGCGGCGUACUCGUGGGUCCGAACGACAUCGAGCUCUACAGAGACGAUAGCGCAUAUCAAGAUCUCGUCAGGCAACGCUUGGCUAUAACAGGACUCUCGGGUGGCUCCUCGGGCGCGGCCGUAAAUGCCGAGCAGAAACCAACAGUUAAUGGCGCGUCUAGCGCAGCAGAUACGUCGCCGGCAAAGGACGCCGGCGAGAAGGCCACGGCCGCCGAUGAUGUAACAAUGGCGGACGUAGAUGCUGUGCAGCAAUCAGACAAAAAUGCGUCGCCCGACAAGGAGGAGCCAGAGAAGGAUUCCGAUCAGGGCCGGUCGCAAGGAGGUGUCGAGGCGGCCGAGAAGUCAUCAACUGCGGAUCCAAAACCAGGCACGGGUUCGUCGGAGAAGCCAGCCAAGUCAGAAGAGAACAUGAAGUCAAAUUCCAGUACAGGUCCGGAGACGGUUACGGCCAAAGCCGUCGACAAUGAGAAUGUGGAGAUGAAAGAUGCCAACGCUACGACGAGCAACGAGGAGGCCCGCGACUCCCAUGAAAAUAACGAAGUGGGGCAACCGUCAGUCAAAGCUUACGCAGAGUCCGACGACUUCCCCAUCCAUCCCCUCUUCACUCCACCUACAUACCCCCGACCGGAUAGAGACAUGGGACUCCCAGAAAACGAAGCUGAAAAUGUCCGGCAUCUAUUGUCUCUUUACAUCCAAAAGCAAGAGGAGGUAUCCCGGGGAGCGGUGAAGCUCUACCUUAACCUAUUAAAGGCCGACCGGCUACGGCAGCAGGUCCUUAGGUGGUCCAAGGCUGAGGGUCACGUUGGCGAGUUGUCGGACGGCGAGGAUUGGUAUGAUUGGGAGGAGUGGAACCUGACUGAAGACUUGAAGAAGGGCCAAGAUGAGGAGGAGGAAGAACUUCCGGUGGGCAAGAAGACUAGAACUCGGCGGAGCUGA